AUGCUCGCGCACUUAACUGACUGUCCAUUGUCCUCAGCAAUCAUCAAAAGGCCUCGGCAAUCUCGCGAUGUCAAUCUCCGAGAGCUCGGCCUUUACGUCUUGGUGUACAACCAUGUGCGAAGCAAAUGGGCCGACCGGGUUCAGCUCAAGCCCGACACAGCAACACUGCUCCCAGGGGAGUCUUUCGUCGCAAAUGCCGUCAAGUCGCACGCAACGGUGGAUGUGUGCGGGCUGCGGUACGGCGCGUCGACCUCGCCGCGCGGCGCGAAGUCUUGUUAUGCAUACAUGGACGGCAGGCAGGCAGUCCGCAUUGACUACCUAUUCCAUAUAGUCCACCCGCGUGACGAUGCUGUCUCGCCUCCUCUGACCGCCACUUGCGCAGUAGUGCGCCCGUUUCUGCGCGAUGACGAUCUGCCGGAAAUGCCCUGGUCAUUACGGUAUGCAUCAAAUACAGCCCGCAUCCUCAUGCUCAUAGAUUGUUUGACAGGGCAAGCGACCUGGGCAUUGCUACCUGGAGAUACGACUCCCUGGGUAGCCAGAGAGUGA